AAGGCAGUUGGUUGGUAUCGACGGAGUGACAUUGUGAGGAGGCGCUCUGUGGUAAAAGGGAGACGGAGAGAGAGACGGAGAGAGAGAGUGAGCGCCAUCGCCGAACGCCGGCGAACAGACAUCAAAAAGUUUCGCCCGUCGACUUUUUGCGGUGCGUGGUUUCGAUGGAAGCGGUUUGCGAGGACGAUCACCAUCUCUGUCUGGUUAACGGAUCAAACGAAAUGCCGCGGUGGAUCUGUUGAACCCCGCGUGGAGGAUAUCUGGAUUUAGCCGAGUUUUACCCAGUCGCAGAUUUUGUAUCUUUGGUCUCCUGGAUUGAAUUUCUUUCUGUCGCAAGGAAAUAUUCGGCAUGUGGAUGUCAAGGAAUUAUAAAACGAUGCAUCUGAUCCAGAGACGUUGUACAGCUGCUCUUUAAUUGCGUUUGGGCUUAUUGGAACCACUUCUGUUUUCAGCUUGACCCCGCAGCUUCCAGCAAUCAAGGAGAUGAGCGGCACUUUUCUGUUGCCCCCUGCGAGACUGCAUGUUGAUGGACUAUGACAAGCUAUAGACCUGUUCAAAAUGAAAAGGUGGAGGUUGGUGGAUUAGUUAUAGGUGGAGUGGACAUUCUCGCAGGUACGAGCACAUACAAUUACCACGCAUCUCCGUUCGGGGUCCAGAAUGGGAACGUUUGCAACCAUGGAGAGAUCGCACCCCGCGCAAGUUCCACCCCCGCCAUGCCGAAGAUGGGCGUCCGCGCUCGAAUUGCCGACUGGCCACCAAAGCGGGAUCUAACGCAAUAUCCAGCCCUCUGUCCGGCAAGGGAAUCCGACGGUUCCAUGGUGGAUAUUGAGCUCAUCUCGACCCGAGGGUUGCAGAAUGGGCAGUGUUAUCCGAACUAUCAAAAUGCUUCCCAAACCCCCUGGACCCGAGGCCCCUCACACAGACCUCAAGGUAAAGCAAGGGAAGUGGAGUUCCAGAACGAGUGGCCUCGGGCUCCAGGCAAAGUGUUUGUUCCGCUGAGAGCACGAAGUAACAGCGAGGUUACACUCAAUGAAUAUGAUGGGGAUGGGACCCUGGAUCUCAAAGGCCCCAAACACGGGAAUGGAAUGCUCCCCUUGAGAGAAUACGGCAGCACCUCGUCCAUAGAUGUUCACGGAGUGGCGACUGAGAGCUUUUUCGACAUGCUGAAAGAGUACAAAAAUGAGAAGAUUGACCAGCGGAGCUCGGUGCCAGACAGCCUGAAGAAGCUGCUGCGGGCAGACCCCAGCAUGGCCUCCAGCCUCAGCCUUGAGGGGAGCGCCAGGGCCGACGACAGCCGAAGCGAGUCGUCUCAAAGGGAGGAACCAAAGAGCGCGCACAAAGACCGGGAGAAAGCGCGCAAGAAGCAGUCGCGGCACGAGAGCGGCGAGUCCAUCUUGAAGAAGCUUCGCAGCAGCAAGAGCGAGCAGGACUCGGGGAGGUCGAGCUCGGAUCACGAAGACGGCCGAUCGCAGGACAGCACCAAGCCCUGGGUUUGCCAGAAGUGCUUUGGCCACUUUGACGUGCAGAGCAUCCUGUUUGACCUCAACGAAGUGGUGAGCAACCGGAACUAUGUGGCCCACCGGAGGAACACCACGACCGGCGCCUCUGCCGCCUCCGCCACCUCGCUCGCCGUGUCGCGCUCUCUCGCUCAGGGAAACCUGGAUUCUCGCUUCCCCAGCACCGAGGAGGUGAAUGGCAAAGAGAACCUGGAGCUUGACAUCGGAGACAGUAACUGCAACGACCUGCUCCUCAACUGCCCGCACUUCCGCAAUGAAACCGGCGGGAGCAGCGAGCGGGAUAUCAGCCUGUCGAAGGCCAGCAUCAACGCUGGGCAGAGCGGCGACUGUGAAGGAGCUUUCCCAAAGUUGGUCUGGAACCCGUACUGCACAAACGCCAGCAUUUCUGUGCUUGAGGUGCCAAAGGAGUCGCAGCUGCAACAGGAACGACUGAAGCACUUCAGCAUCGAGCAUGUGGACCGUGGAGCCAGAUAUUACCAAGAUUAUUUCCAUGGGAAAGAGCACUGGAAUUACUUUGGAGCGGAUGAGAAGCUCGGCCCGGUGGCUGUAAGCAUCAAGAGGGAGAAACUGGAGGACAGCAAAGAGCAAACACCUCAGUACGUCUACCGAAUCAUCUUCAGGACCAGUGAGCUCAUCACACUGAGAGGAGCGAUCCUGGAGGAUGCGGUUCCAUCAACGUCCAAGCACAGCACGGUGCGCGGUCUGCCGCUGAAAGAGGUGUUAGAAACGGUGAUACCGGAACUCAACAUCCAGUGUCUGCGGCUGGCUUUCAGCACACCCAAAGUGACAGAGCAGCUGCUGAAACUGGACGAGCAAGGGCUCAGCAGAAAGCAUAAGGUUGGCAUUCUGUACUGUACAGCCGGCCAGGGGACUGAAGAGGAGAUGUACAACAACGAGGAAGCGGGCCCGGCCUUUGAGGAAUUCCUGGAACAACUUGGGGAAAAAGUCCUUCUCAAGGGUUUUAGUAAAUAUGCAGCUCAACUGGACACAAAAACUGGUUCAACUGGUACCCACUCCCUAUACACCACAUAUCUGGACUAUGAGAUCAUGUUCCACGUCUCCACCAUGCUUCCUUACACCCCCAACAAUCGGCAGCAGCUUCUCAGAAAGAGGCACAUCGGCAACGAUAUUGUCACCAUCAUUUUCCAGGAACCUGGUGCGCUGCCCUUCACACCAAAGAGCGUCCGUUCCCAUUUCCAGCACGUGUUUGUGAUUGUCAGGGUGAAUAAUCCAUGCACUGAGGAUGUGUGUUACAGCGUGGCAGUGACCAGAUCUAAGGACGUCCCGAUCUUCGGGCCGCCCAUUCCCCAGGGCUUCACCUUCAGCAAGUCCGUGGUUUUCAGAGACUUCCUGCUGGCCAAGGUCAUCAACGGGGAGAAUGCGGCGCACAAGUCGGAGAAGUUCCACGCCAUGGCCACCCGCACCCGGCAGGAGUACCUGAAGGACCUGGCGGAAAACAGCGUCACCAACACGCCCGUGGAAUCCACCGGCAAGUUCAACCUCAUGCUGCUGGGCACCAAGAAGAAGGAGAAGACGAAAGGCCGGCUGGGAGCCGAGCUCCACAGCGCCGGGGCCAUCACGUGGCGGGUUUACGCCCAGGACUACAGCCAGGCCAUUGAAGUGGAGUGCGUUCUGGGCAUCUCCACCGAGUACGUGGUGGUUAUUGAGCAGAUUACCAAGGACGUGGUGUUCAACUGCUUCAGUGACGAUGUGAUCGGCUGGACCCCCGAAGCAUCGACAAUCAAAAUCUUCCACGGCAGAGGCGACUGCAUAUACAUUCGUGCACUGGAGGAAAGUGCGGAGGACGUCAAGGAAAUCGUCCAGAGGUUGAAGAUUGUGACUGGAGGGUGCGAGACUGCGGACAUGACUCUGCGGCGGAACGGCCUCGGGCAGCUUGGGUUUCAUGUCAAGUACGACGGCACGGUGGCGGAAGUGGAGGAGUAUGGGUUUGCCUGGCAGGCUGGGCUGAGACAGGGGAGUCGACUGGUGGAGAUCUGCAAGGUGGCAAUUGUAACGCUGACCCACGACCAGAUGAUCGAUCUCCUGAGGACAUCAGUGACCGUGAAGGUGGUCAUCAUCCCGCCUCACGAAGACGGAAGCCCACGCAGGGGUUACUCCGAGUUGUAUGAAAUGCGGACCAUGGACAGCAAGACUGAGAGCGAUAGCAUGCCUGCUGGCUUGCGGCCACCCUACAGGACUAACACGCUGCAGUGGAGCAGUCCCACGGCCCACAGCGCGCUGCAGGCACAACGAUGGCCUGGAGGCGUGCACGCUCAACCAUCCAACCACAACCAGCCCUCCCGACAGCCCGCUGUCCCAGCCUCCUACAGUGAAUCACAAGCAAAGAACAGCAAGCGGCCAGUUAGCUACCCAGAGACUUUGUACAGCACGGCAUCGACGGUGGUGGCAGUGGAGAGAGUUGUGCCUUUUCGAAAUCCUUCUGGAAGCUUCUCUUCGUCGGGUUCUGGAAACGCCAUGUCUGGCAGACACAAAGGAACCCCUGACAGCAGGUACGGAGGGGGUCAACAUGGGCUUCCCCUGUACGAGCAUCACAGUAGAGAGGAUACCAUGUCGAGCGGCAAGUCUUCAUCUGGAGGUCUAACAAGCCAGGACAGCACAAUGGAACGGAAUAAGAAUGAGCCCUUGUGGCAUGUACCAGCAGUGUCCAAAGUUUACACAAACUCCGGAAACAAUAUCUUUAAACGGCUCCCGAGACAAGAGCUAACAGGCAAGGAUUCCCCCAACAGGAAUGCCAAAGGCGACGCGCAUUACUCCAGCCAGUCGAGCAGCAACACGCUGUCCAGCAACGCCUCCAGCAGCCACAGUGACGAGCGGUGGUCUGACAACGUGGAGCACAUGGAAGUUGAGCUGGAGGCCUCGGUGAAGGGAGCAUCCAGCGACAGCGGCAUCGACACCACCCUCUACGCCCCCAGCCCCUUUGCUGCCGGCACGACGGCAGCCAAGCCAGCCCGGGCCGCACCCUGGCGGGACAAAGCUCAGAAACCCUUGCAGACGUCGGCUACCUAUAGCGAGCUGCAGGAGUGCACCAGCCGCAUGACGGACUGCACCGGCCGCAUGACGGACUGCACCCCGCCUCCCAUGGAGAAGAGGAGAGACUCGUCGCCAGCCCUCAACGCCAACGGCCAGAGCAAAGGCCACAGGAAGAAGGCCCACACUCCUGCUCACAGCACCAGCUAUGGGCCGAACAGCAGCAACGACAGUCCACAUCCUAGGCCAGGACACACCCCUCGCACCCACAAGACCCCGCCACCGGACCUGCCCAGGCCACUGGCGCCCUGCCCUCAGCUCUCAGCUUCCGUCCCCAAAUCCUUCUACUCCUAUCAGAAUGUGAAGAACAUGUGUCCAGCUGGCUGGAAAAUCUCCGCCAGCUCCCAGGGUCGACAUUCUGGAUUCACCGAGACUAAAACGUCAGCCAAUGUUGCCUCUACUAACGUCUUUGGCCAGCCCAGGUUGCGGGCGUCUCUCCGAGACCUCCGAUCGCCGCGCAGAGCCCACAAGUCCACCCUGGAGGAGGAUCUGAAGAAGCUUAUUCUGCUGGACAGCCCCCUGCUGGAGACAGAUAGGGAUAUGCUUCAUUCUUCGCGGAAGAACCUGCAGCGAACCCUGUCCGAUGAAAGUAUCUGCAGCGGUCGAAGGGAGCCGAUGUACGCCAACUCCCAGCACGCUGCCAUCGACCAGGCCCUUCCAAACGACGUGAUCUUCACCAGCACCUACCCAUCCCAAACUCUUCCCAUCCGCAGGCUAGCUCAGCCUCCCACCUCUAACUUCGAAAAGAAAACUAACAUAUCUGCCUCCGAGCUCUCGUUGAUCGACCUGCGAGACCGCAUACCGGUGCGCCGGAAUGAUCCGGGACUCAUGCCUCUGCCCGACCCCGAGUCGGAGCUGGAAUGGUCCAGCCUUGUCAACGUUGCCAAAGCCUACGAGGUCCAGAGAGCGGUUUCUCUCUUCUCAUUAAAUGAUCCCGAGGUGGGACCGUCGUUCAGCCCAUCGCAUGGCCACAUCGUCCUGGAACGGCAGAGCUCGCCCAGGGCCACCCACGUCUUAAGCAACGAGCCGGCAUUAGCACUGACAGGGAAAGUCUACCAGCUCGAGGUCCAACUGAAGCAGCUACAGGAUGACCUUCUGAAGGAGAAGGAGGAUAAGUUUGUGCUGCAGGCAGAGGUUGCCAACCUGCGCGUCAAUAACCAGCGCCUCCAGGAGGAGUCGCUCUCGGCCACCGAGCAGCUGCGGAGAUUUGCUGAGAUAUUUUCCAGCUCGAUGGAGAAGAAGUGACCCCUCCGCCCUCUGCCCUCUGCCCUCUGCCCUCCGCCCUGGCCGAGCCUCGGCCUGCGAGAGACUUUACGGAGCGGCAACCCAUCCUGGAAUGUUCCGGAAGCCGCAGAGCUGCCACGGCCAGCCGGAGAUGGUAGAGUGUGGGGCGUGGGUUGAAGACGUGUGGGUGCGGGGUACCCCUUUAUGCUGGGGGGGUAUCCGGGUGCUCACUGCCCUGCCCUGCUGGAUUCACCGCCCUGCCUCCAUUAACACCAGCACCAACCCAGCCUGAGCGAAUGUUUCACCAUCUCCCUCCGUCUGUCAGUAAACCAGCACGAUGCCCUGUUGCCCGUCUCCCCCCCCCCUGCCAGCCCUCUGCUGCUCCCUAAAGGCAGUCUGGAUCACACAAGCAACAAGCUAAAAUCCGCUUCAUAUGUCUACACAAUACCUCGGAGUCACAGAGUGAUAUAACAUGGAAACAGGCCCUUCAGGCCCAACCUGCCUACACCGGCCAACACUAGUCCCACCUGCCUGCGUUUGGCCCAUAUCCCUCUAAACCCAUGUACCUGUCCGAAUGUUUGUUAAACGUUGCGAUACUACCUGCCUCAACUACCUCCUCUGGCAGCUCGUUCCAUACAACCCGCCACCCUUUGUGUGGAAAAGGUCUCUGGGCAGGAAUUACGAUUCAGGUUCCCCAUCUUAACGGUAGCCGUUCUAGUGUGCUGAACCAGGCAUUGCUUGCAUCUAGAAUUAUACUCCACCCACAGGGCCUUCUAUCCGUACAGCCAGAAACUAUUAUAAUGCCUCCUCAUGGAGUGACACAGCACGGAAACAGGCCCUUCAGCCCAAUCUGCCCAUGCCGACCAAAAUGUCCCAUCUACACCAGUCCCACCUGCCUGCGUUUGGCCCAUAUCCCUCUAACCCUGCCCUGCCCAUCUACCUGUCCAAAUGUCUCUUAAAUAUUGUGACAGCACCUGCCUCAACUACCUCCUGUUCAGAACUUAAACAUGGGGCAGUUUUAAUAUGACAUUCAAAAGGGGUGGCCCAGUGGCGCACAGUUUCGAUCCUGACCUCGAGUGCUUUCUGUGUGGAGUUUGCACGUUCUCCCUGUGACUGCAUGGGUUUCGUAAGGGGAGCUCCGGUUUUCUGCCACGUCCCAAAGGCGUGCGGGUCCGUGGGC